AUGGGCCUCUUCUUGGGCCACUCGAUUCUUUUGGUCCCUGAGCCUGGCCCGAAGAGACCUGUUUAUAGUGUAGUCAUCCGAGUGCCUCGAGUCGGAAAGCCGCUGAAGGCGAACGAGAGUGGAAUGUACCAAAUUGGCUGCUGCACAACAAUACUCACCGUCAUCGACAGGGAGCACCAAAGUUUCAGCAUCUUCUGCAUCGUAUUCCUCAACCUUCUUUCGGGCCCCACUGAUGAUCACAUACUCACAAUUCUGAGGAUCGGUAUGAAUUACGAUCUCAUGCCUGCAGCACGCGGACUUCAUUGUGAAGCUCCAUAUCUGGAAAAGGAAUGUCGUCAUAACCAACAGUAG